UGAAUGCGUCUCUCCCGAACCUGGCAAUCAUUGGCACGUGUCUAGCUACGCAAACGAGUAAGAAGAAAAGAAGAGAAAAAAAAAAACCAAAAACAAGAGACCAAACAUAAGACAAACAAAACAGAUCAAUUUAGCACGACGCAGCAGCAGCAGCAGCAGUAGCCGCGCGCCUCUGGAGAAUGCGCUGCGUCGUAUGCCAGCCUUCGCGAUGCAGAGAUUGAGCACCUCGUCCAUGGCACUGGCGGGAGGCCGCGUCUCGCCGUCGUCUGUGCUGCUGAUGAGGUCAAUGACGAAGACUACGACGACGAUGACAUGUGGUCACAAUGCUCACCGUAUUCUUUCCACCCUCUGUCGGCCAGCAGCAGUUCGUUCAUCUGUGGUGCCUGCUGCUGUCACCAAGAGUCUGGUGCUGCCACAGCGGUCAUUUUCCAUCACGAGACCUUGGCUGUCGCUGGCGAACAAGGAGAACAAGGAUGAUGGCCAAAGAGGGACGACCAAGCACCAGACAAAAGUUGGCAGCGCUGCAGAGCCGCUGACAGCGACGCCGGCAUCAGGCAAGUCUGCUCUGGCGCGGGAGAACAUUUACACGAUCCCCAAUAUUUUGACGGCCUCACGGCUGGUGAUUGCGCCCUUUAUCGGAUAUUGCAUCGUGCACGACUACCAUGCCACGGCCCUGGGCCUCUUUGCCUACGCCGGAGUCUCGGACCUGCUGGAUGGCUGGAUUGCCCGGCGGUGGAAUCAGGGUACCGUCGUCGGUACCAUCAUUGAUCCAAUGGCUGACAAGAUGCUCAUGAUGGUAUUGACUGUUAGUCUUGCUGUCAAGGGUGCUUUGCCGCUCUGGCUUGUAACUCUCAUCAUCGGCCGUGACGUUGGUCUGGCAUUCUCAGCCAUAUAUUACAGGUGGGUCUCCCUACCGCCACCAAAGACCUUUAUGCGAUACUGGGACUUUUCGCUGCCCUCUGCCGAGGUGCGGCCGACAACAAUCAGCAAAUACAACACCUUUCUGCAGCUGGCUCUCAUGGGGUUGACCACUACCGCCCCUGUGGUCCCGUACGACCUUGAUGGGGCGCUGGCUGUCAUGCAUUGGGUUGUGGCCGUCACGACAGUCUGGAGUGGCGCUAGCUAUGUUUUCAGCAAGGACGCUGUGAAAAUUCUGUCACAGGCAAAGGCCGCCGACAAGAAGCUGAAGUAGUCCUGAGUACAGGUGGCAAGGAGGGGGCGUGGGUGGUUGAUAAUUCCCGAAAUACGUACCUACCUAUUGUAAUGAUGAGACUAGAUAGUGUAAAGUCUAAAAUCCAAAGUGUAUACUAUUUUCACCCUAUCGAGACCGGC